UGUCAAGAAUGUUAAGAAAACCAGGAAAUUCAAAGAUGAAAAAGCAAAUUACACCACGAAUAUUCUUGUUACGCGUAUGAUUAAACGUUCAAGGGCCAACAACUAUAUUUAAAAGCGGUGACCAUGAAUUUUAAAAUUAUAUAAUCCGAGAAGGUCAAGUAUAACACGACAUGUAUUACUUCGAAAAGUUCAAAGCUCAUGCAAGUUCUUCAAAGAAUAGUGUAAAUCUAAGAGGCAGAUGUAAAGCCACUAUAAAUAGUAUGUGUUUUAUGGUACCUAUUAUUUUAUUUAGCGUAUGAAUGAACAUACUUGGCACUUCAUCAGCUAUACGUUAGUACCACAAAAUAACUAUCAAAUGUGAGUCGUGACACAAGGUGCUUUCUUGCUUCCCUUUUUUUGGUUCAACAUGAGUGUUCUAAGCAAAUCGGUAAAAGUUGCUUUUAAUAAAUACCCCAUAUUAAGGGGUAUGGUGUCAUAUGGUUGUAUUUGGCCAAUUUCCAGUUUUAUUCAACAAACAGUUGAAGGAAAACGUUUCAUGUUUAUUUUAGAUAGUGAAAAUAGCUAUGAUUGGUGGAGAUGCAUACGAUUUGGUAUAUAUGGUUCCUGUUAUGUGGCACCAACACUGUAUAGUUGGCUGACUCUGGCAAGCUUAGCCUGGCCAGCAACAACCUUAAGAGCUGGCUUAGCUAAGACAUUUUUUGAAACAAUAUCAUACACUCCAUUUGCAAUGUGCAGCUUCUAUUUUUUUAUGAGCCUUUUGGAAUGUAAAACUUUCAAGGAAGCAGCAGCAGAAGUUAGCACCAAGUUUUGGCCAACAUAUAAGGUGGGGGCUUCAAUCUGGCCAGCAGUAGCACUUGUUAAUUACACAUUGAUUCCUCCAAAAAAUAGAGUUCCCUUUAUAAGCAUUUGUAGCCUCAUUUGGACUUGUUUCUUAGCAUACAUGAAGCACCUAGAAAAAGAAGAGGUCAGUAAGCUCACCCGUUCUAGUCAAUUAAUAAAGAAAUAAGUAUUUAAUUAACAACUAAAAUUGUAUACAGAAAGAUAAGCUGUAAGAAAAGCUGAACUUGUUGAGGAUCAAUAUAUCAAAAUUUGGCAGGAAGGUUUAAUUGCACCCUGUAGGGAGAU